CCUGAAAGGUUGAUGUGAUAUAAAAACACAUGAAAAUAAAUACAAUCUUUAUUUAUAAUAAUUGUCAUUAGUUUUUAUUAUUUGCACACGUUUUAUUUGUUUACUCGCAAAUUAAAUAUUCGGUGGUUACAGACAAUUUCCUUGAUUUCCAUCAAGAGGGAGAAGUUCCUGGCAAUGUCCAUGUCAGGAAGUAUGGAAAGUCCUAGCAAAGACUCUGGGAAUAAUAGUCUUGUUGGUAGUAAUAACAAUUUGUCCAGAGAAUUCAGUACAUUAUCAAUGUCCCUUUGUUCUUCCACUACAUCUCAGGAUGAACAUUUCAGAUGUGAAGGACAUGCUGAACAUAGUCUGUCUUGUAUGAAAAACUAUUUACAAGCUGGAAAGUUGUGUGAUGUCACUCUGAUUGCAGGUAGCAAUGGUAAAAGGGUGCAAGCUCAUAGGUUGGUCCUUUCAGCGGCCAGUGAAUACUUUUCAGCGAUGUUCACUGGCGGUCUAAGUAACACUGACGAAACCGAAAUAACAUUGGGAGAUGUGAACGGCGAUGUCCUUCAAGCAGUCAUCAAUUAUUGUUACACCGGCUCGAUAGAAAUCAGAGAGGACAAUGUGGAAACUUUAUUGGCAACUGCUUGUCUUAUGUUACUCCACGAGGUGGUAGAAGCAUGCUCGAGAUUUCUAGCACAUCAAUUGCAUCCUAGCAAUUGUUUGGGCAUAGCGGUUUUCGCCGAGCACCAAGCUUGUACCAGUCUGCUGCAAGAGGCAAAUGCUUAUACCAGUCAACACUUCAUGCAGGUCAUACGUAAUCAAGAGUUUCUUCAACUGAACGUUGACCAAAUGACAAAUCUGCUCAGCAAUGAUGAUCUCAACAUUUCUUGUGAGGAGCACAUAUUUCAAGCUCUUAUGUGUUGGAUACAGCACGACUCCAAUAAUAGAAGACAACAUAUUGGACAUUUACUGGGACUUGUUAAACUGCCACUUUUGCCACCAGCAUUUUUAACUGAUCACGUUGAACCCAUGACUGAAGGUGACCCAACAUGCCAAAAACUCAUAAUGGAAGCCAUGAAAUGGCAUCUACUGCCGGAACGAAGACUGCAAAUGGUGUGUUCCAGAACUAGACCGAGAAAAGCAACUUUAGGUAGAUUGCUUGUGGUUGGAGGAAUGGAUAAGAACAAGGGGGCGACGACUAUAGAGAGUUACGAUCCUAGGUGCGAUGUAUGGACGGUGUCGCAUCAUAUGAGCGGUAGACGAUUACAAUUUGGCAUAGCUUUAAUGGAAAACAAAUUAUUGGUAGUUGGUGGAAGGGAUGGUUUGAAAACUCUCAAUACAAUGGAGUGUUUGGAUAUGGAAUCUGGAUCGUGGACACAAUUGUCUCCAAUGAAUACUCACAGACAUGGAUUGGGUGUUGCCGUUUUGGGAGGUACAUUGUAUGCAGUUGGAGGACAUGAUGGAUGGAGCUAUUUGAAUACAGUUGAAAGGUGGGACCCGGUGGCGCGGAACUGGCAAUACGUCGCGCCGAUGCAGAACCAGCGCUGCUCCGCCGGCAUCGCCGUGCUGGCCGGCAAGCUGUACGCCGUCGGCGGUAGGGACGGCGCCUCCUGUCUGCGCACCGUCGAGUGCUACGACCCGCACACCAACAAGUGGAAGGCGGCGGCGCAGCUGACGCGACGGCGCGGCGGCGUGGGGGUGGCGGUGGCCGACGGGUAUCUGUACGCGAUGGGCGGGCAGGACGCGCCCGCCAACAAUCCGGCCGCGUCGAGGUUCGAUUGCGUGGAGAGAUACGAUCCAAGUAUUGACGGAUGGAUGACUGUGGCAUCGUUAUCCAGCAAACGGGACGCGGUGGCAGCCUGUUUGUUCGGGGACAAACUGUUCGCUGUCGGUGGAUACGAUGGUAGUCACUAUUUGCGUACCGUGGAACAAUACGAUCCGAACUGUAACGAAUGGAAUACUCUCGCUCCUCUCAUCACGGGUAGAGCUGGUGCUUGUAUUAUUGCUGUGAAGAAUCCUGUUCAGCUCAACGAAUGACGAUCGUGUUCAGAGACAUGGUGUGUGUAUUUUACAACUUUGCUCGAAUCUGUGGAACAUUAUGUGGUUGCAUUUAUUUAAUCAAGACUGAAAUGAGGUUAUUUGGGGUGUUCUAGGGGAAAUGAAGCAACUGUAGAUUCUCUGGCUCAUAUGGAAUGAUGAUGAAAAACAAUCUACAGGGUAUCUCAGAAUAACGUUCGUAUACUCCGGGAGGUGAUUCUGCAGAAGAAACGAAGUAAAAAUGUUUUUAUCAACAUGUAUCCGAAAAUGCUCUCUAAGGGCGCUAGAGCCCUAGAGUUAUAGAGAUAUUUCCUCAACAAAUCAACAUCAUGAUGAACUCUAAUAAAACAAAACUAAGGGGAAAUGUGAAAUUCUAAUUAUCAAGUUCUAAGUUUUUCAUCAUACGCGGGAAAAGCAUUUUAAAUAACUCUUAUCAAAUAUCUUCUCGUUCCUUACAAACUUUUCCAGAAAUUGAGGAUUUAAGAAUAAUAUUCGAUUC